AUGUGGCCGCUAUUGUUUGCCUUCUCCGAUGACUCAGCAUAUUUCGAUGACGCCCCGGGAGAACGCCUGGGCAUCUCAUUCACACGAGAUGAUAUAUACACAAUGGCAUCAGAAUUUGUACCCGAGACAUCUGAAAUUGGCUCCUUGACGGCACACUCGAAUGAGGACAGCCAGUUCGUCGGUAGCUCAAGUGGCGUCUAUUUCAUAAAGACAGUGAAGCGUGCAUUCAACGACAUAGAUGGUCCGGGUUCAUCAGAGUCAAACUUGCCCACAGCAGAGGAAACGCUCGUAGGCGCUGAAACCUCACCUCAUGACAAGCACCAGCGCACCUCAUCCGUCAGAGACACCGCUUCGUCCUUGGAGGUGGUUGAAUCUCCCACAGAAUGGACCUACGACCCAUCAUUGACAGCGUCUCUAGGAAAGCUACCUCCCGCAGAUGUGGCCAAGGGCCUAAUGAUGAUGUAUUUCAAAGUGUGGCACCCUCUGUUCCCGUUCCUGCACGGUCCCACCUUCCUGCAGGCGAUGGAGAAGGUCUACUCCAAUAGAAAUCAAACUCAACAGACGCAGGAACCUUGCAUAGACCACCGCAGUACAUGCUGGACAACUAUCUUCCAAUGUGUCUUCAAUCUAGGCAGUCUACUAGCGCCAGACUUGGAUCUACCAUCUGAAUCGAAGAUCCAAUCACCAACCAGUUUCAACUCUUUGCUCGGGACUCUCUCCUCUCGACAUGAUAUCGUUUCCCUGCAAGCACUUCUAGCUAUCCAAGUCUAUCUUGUUGCUACAAUGUCACUUCGGCAAGCAUCGACUGUCGGGGGCUGUAUCCUACGCUCGAUGCUCCAUGCUGGUCUCCACCGGUGUCCGUUUCGAUACAAGCAACUCUCCACCCACGACCGACAACUGCGGAAGCGGGUCUUCUGGUGCGCUUAUGCCAUUGAUAGAUAUCUAAGUCAGGCUUUGGGCUUGCCGCUUGGUAUACAGGAUUCUGAUAUUGAUGUAUGUCUCCCUGCUGCCCGGGAAAUGCAUUCUCCUCGAGGCCAGGCGACUCAGUCCAUGAAUGGUAGCUCCGCGCCACAGCACGGUAAUAAAGAAGACCAAGGCAAGGAAAGUGUUCUUGCUAGCUACGUUGACUCGGGAACUCUGACGGGCCGGGCAUUGGAGCUUUUUCAUAAAUCGAUAUUGGUUCGAUCCGUUCGUCGCAGUUCGGUGUUGUUCCUUGUGACGGACGUGCACAAGUGGUGGAAUAGUCUUCCCACCGAACUGCAAAGAAAACCGGCGGUAUUUGAACAAAGGGUGGGAUCUGUGAUGACAGAUACUGCGUUUGAUUUUGCUCCUUUUUUCACUGUGCUGUAUCAGCAUCUCAUUCUGAUCAUUCAUCGGCCUUCGCUGUCGCUGGAUCCAUCAACUGCGGAAUUCUGCUCUGGGUUGCAAACUUGCAUCGGGGCUGCCCGGGCUAUCCUAUCGGCGCUCGGGUUGCAAGUUGAUAGCCGGCAGGCUUUGUUCUGGCCCGGCUUUUUGUCGGCUGCGUGGAUGUCUGGGUUGGUUUUGGCUUUGGCUUGUCAACUUAACCAAUAUGUGUUGACAAAGGGUCUUCAGGAGAUUGAAGAGUUUUCCGAGUUCCUACGUUUGAUGUCCACUCAAUGGGAGACAGCCAAACACUGCCACAUGUCGCUUUCAGUGCUAGCCACGAAAAUCCAACGGUCAGAAAGCGGCUCUGAUCCAAGAGCAAACUCUCAGGCAUACGUAACAAGGGGCUCUGAGGGAAGCCCGACACUUGCGGAAUCUUUGACUGCACGCGAGGAGAACAGAAGGAGACUUGGUCGCCUGUCGCACUUGCAAGAAGAACCUUGCCUAUCGGCAGAGCCGUCGCAGACCGAGCAGCGGAAUAACGUAUGGGGGGAUUCUAUCCACAGGGGACAUGAUCCCGUGGUAGCUCCUUCGGUGUCGAUGCAUCCGUCACAAACGAACGAACAGGGCAUCCUCGCCGAUACACCCUCUUCACUGCAGAUGGAUUUACAGGAGACCAAUUCCACACAGUUUGAGGGGAUAUCGAAUUUCGACUUGAACAUGGCUGAUUUAAUCGAGGGCGCUGACUUCGACACUCUGUUCGAUAUGAUCGGGCAGCAAUUCCCAAGCUUCUAA